GCCGACCAUGUCCCUGUGGAGGCUCAGUACGCAGAGGAGGGGCCAGGACCGGGGAUCUUCACAGCAGAGCCGGGAGACCAGCAGCAACCUGGUAGGCCAGACCGGGCAGGAGGGGAAUGACAGGGUGGGGGGCAGUGGAGGGUAAUCUUCCUGUGUUCCCGGGAUCCUCCUUGGGUUGGCCCCACAUGAUCUGUGGUGGGGGCUGUCUCACUCACUGUCCCCAGACCUGCUUUUGCUUGCUGUUUGGGGAUUGAUGGGGCCCCGUGGGCUUCUGGGAGCAGGACCCUGCCCCCACCCAUUCCACACUGAUGGAUCACGGAGCUCCCUGGUGCCUCGCCCUGUGGUGGGGCCUGGCUUACAGUAUGGCUGGCAGGAGCAGAGGACCCAGCUGCCCCCCUCCCUGUCCCACAGUCUCUCAGGCAGGGCGCUGGUGCUCCGUGCGGCGUGGCUGUGCAAUGCUGGGAGCCCUGGGGCUGCUGGCCGGUGUGGGUGUCGGCUCCUGGCUCAUAGCCUCUUCUCUGUGACCCUCUCUUUGUCCUUCUCUGAAGUGCUGUACCUAUGGCCAGCUGCCUCUCAGCCCGUUUCCCGGACAUUGCAGGAUGAGGAGAUGCCUUUGGGCUGCUCAGAGGCCAGCAGCGAGGAAGCUCUGCUCCCUGCACUUCCCAGACCAGUAUCUUUCAGGACAGACAGGCAGGGCUUCUUGCUGGAAGUGCGAGUGGGGGCCCGGUCGGACUGGCUCCUGGUCUGCCACGAGGGCUGGAGCCCCGCCCUGGGGUUGCGAGUCUGCCGGAGCCUCGGGCACCUCAGACUCACUUAUGACAAGGGAGUAAACUUGACUGACAUCGAGCUGAACAGCUCCCAGGAGUUCGCUCAGCUCUCUCCUAGACUGGGAGGCUUCCAGGAGGAGGUGUGGCAGCCCAGGAACAACUGCACUUCCGGCCAAGUCGUUUCCCUCAAAUGCUCUGAGUGUGGAGCGAGGCCCCUGGCUUCCCGGAUAGUCGGUGGGCAGGCUGCGGCUCCUGGGCGCUGGCCGUGGCAUGCCAGCGUGACCCUGGACUCCCGGCACACGUGCGGGGCCUCUGUGCUGUCGCCACACUGGGUGGUGACUGCCGCCCAUUGCAUGUACAGUUUCAGGCUGUCCCGCCUGUCCAGCUGGCGGGUUCACACAGGACUGGUCAGCCACAGCGCCAUCAGGCCACACCAGGGGGCUGUGGUGGAGAAGAUCAUCCCCCACCCCUUCUACAGCACCCGGAAUCAUGACUAUGAUGUCGCUCUCCUGCGGCUGCGCACGCCGCUCAGCUUCUCAGACAGCGUGGGUGCCGUGUGCCUGCCAGCCGAGGAGCAGCAUUUCCCAAGGGGCUCCCAGUGCUGGGUGUCUGGCUGGGGCCACACCGAUCCCAGCCAUACCCACAGCUCAGACAUGCUCCGGGACAUGGUGGCGCCGCUGCUCAGCACGCAGCUCUGCAACAGCUCCUGUGUGUAUGGCGGAGCCCUCACCCCUCGCAUGCUGUGCGCCGGCUACCUGGACGGGAGGGCCGACGCGUGCCAGGGGGAUAGUGGGGGACCCUUGGUGUGCCCAGAUGGUGGCAUAUGGCGCCUCGUGGGGGUGGUCAGCUGGGGUCGUGGCUGUGCAGAGCCCAACCACCCAGGUGUCUACGCCAAGGUGACCGAGUUCCUGGACUGGAUUCAUGACACAGCUCAGUCUCGCUGUACACCAGCCUCACGUGUCCUGGGGUCUCCAGCAGGUCCACUAGGUGGAGGACAAGCAGCAGCCUCGCGUGCAGAAGGCGCGGAUAUCCCACCACUGCGGAGAGAGACAGUCACCACCCGCAGGCCAGCUGGCGGGCCGCUGGGCCUCUCCUCUCAGGCCCUGGUUUCAGAGUCCCUGCCUCUCUCCUGGACAGCAGGAGAGAGGCUGACGCUGGGGUGGGAAUGGUGGGGGUGCUGAGGGAUGAGGGGGAGAAGGAGGGAGGCAGGAGCUGGAGACCAAGAGGCUUCUGGAAGCAGCUGGGAGCCUGCCCUUCUGCUCUCUCCCCUCCCCAGCCCCCUGUGUGCAUGUUUUGGGAGGGUGCUUAGGGCUGCUCCCUGUCCUACCUUCUCCCUGCGCCCUCGGGUGGGCUAAGUGCCUCCCUGGAGGAUUCCCUGGCUCAGAGUCUCCUGGGCAGAUGGAAUUGAGGCUGGGCCCAUGGGAGUCAGGACCCCCUCCACUUCCCUGCUGGUCUCGCUGCUUCCUGUUCACAUCUGGCUCUGGCACUGGAAAACAAGGAGGUUGCAGUCAGUAUAGGGUGUCGGUUUUAAAAUGACAGCUCCGUGAACUGGUCUAGGGAGUUCUGUUAUUAAAGUGAUGUAUGGUCUUGUCCAGUGCGCGUUCUCUCUCUCAUACGUGUUAAGGGAUAGAAUUGCAAUUUUUCUCUCAUAUAUGCUUCUUGAAGCUUCGGUGCCGACUCUUAGCUCAUGUGCUAAAGAAUUUUGGCAUGUGCUUAUUUUUUUUAAUUCUUUCAAUUUGUUAAAUCUAUGUGUCAUAUUCUGCAAUGAAGAGCCUCAGCUGUUCAGGGGCUCUGAGGCUUCAAGUCUGAGAACCACUUAAGCCAAUGCUCUCUUAGGGAAUGUUUGGUCUCCACCAUGAGGCUCAUCUGUCCUUAGCUCUUAUUUUAGUAAUGGGCCUUCUGGCUUGGGGAGAUCUCUUUCUGAGUUUAUGUCCAGUUAGCAUUUUCCUCCUCUCUCCUCCUCUCUAGCAAUUAAAAUGCAAUUGGCAUCUUGUUUCUAAAAACUGCAGUGAAUUUUGUAUGGUGCUUACCCAAGGAAAUGCAAUUAGUGCUUCGUAAUAACAGAACUUUGUAUAUUUAUCAGCAUAUUUUUUGAGGGAUUGUACCAUUGAUUAUUCAUUCCUGGAGGGUCUACUCCCUUCACAUGAAUUGCACUUAAAAAAAAAAAAGGCCUAAAUUUGCUGUCAGUUUAUUUUCUGGGGAAGAGGUUGCUAGCAGUCUGCUAUCAAAUUGCAGAAGCAACGUGAAUGAGUUUUUGAUGGAUGGCAAAGUAGCCUCACCCUGUGUCUCUAGAGCCCACACCUCUAGCCUCCAACUUGAGAUCAGCAUUUACUACCUGGCUCCUGUCGGUCCCCAAGUCAGGAGGCAGUGACAGGCAGCAGGUAUUCCUGGGCAGGAAAGAGUUAACAGCAAAUCCAUCAGCUAUAUAUUUUUUUGAUGUUCACCAUAAGUAUUUGCUUAUAUAAAGGUAAGUUUUUUUUUAUUACAGCCAUUAUGAUCUAUUAAUAAUCAGCAGUAUUUGAAUAGUGGUUUUCAGUUUAUAAAACAUGUUCAUGUGUAGGAUCUCACAUCUAUGUGGUGACAACAUUAUCAUUAUUGUCCCCAUUUUAUAGACAAGAAAAUUAAUUCAGAGAGAUUAAGUGACUCCCUCAAGGCCACUCAGCUAGUUAGUACCAGAGCCAGGAUCUGAACUGUGGGUUUUUUAAUUCUAAAUUCACAUCACUAUCUUGCACAGGCAUGAAUGAAAUGGUCCAAUAUUCACAGAAGUAUAGAAUUGGGAGGUACUUGAUCAGAUCACCUAAGUUAGUCACCUGCCUAUAGUAGUGUAUUGUCAUGCCUACUUUUUAUAGAUAAGGUAACCCCAAACCCAGGAAAUUUAGAGGCUCCUGCCAGAGAUGCUUCUCAGGCAAUAUUCAUAGCUAUUUCCAGUUCUCCCUGAGAUUCAUGGUCUGACUUAAACCUCACAAAUGAAUAUCUCCAUAGGAGAAUUAAAGAGUACCCUAAUUAGGGAAUUUGCUAACAGUGAUUUCCUGCUUAUUAUUUUAGAUUCCAGAAGCUCCCAAUAUCUUUGGCUGGGCUCUCAGUCAGAUCUAUGGACUCAGAAGCUCUCACUUUCCUUUGUUAGCAUCUACCAGUCCAGCUCUUAGACAAGUGAAGAGAAGUGAGUGACCUGGUGGCUCCGUCCCCCUGGGCCAGUUGCUGGAAUGCAGGAUAGAGGUGGGGCCAGGAAGUGGAGGAAGAUUCAGGCCCAGAAGGAUGUUAAUGAGGACCAGCUGGGUGCCCAGCUGUGCUACACUCUGGAGGGACUUGGGAGGCAGAAGAGCUGAUUGUCUUAUUGGAGCGAUGAGACUUAUUUGUAAUAAAUUAUUAGUGGCCAGCCAGGCACGGAGCUGAGUGGGAAGGUAGUAAUUGCUAAGGAAGCUCCCAAGGCCUCUUGUUGAAUAAGUCAGGGUGAUUCUGUGUGCCGGAAACCCGUGUCCCCUCCCCAAGGAUUCAGCAUCCCAGCUUCCUGGGCUGAGCUUUUGAGCCUCCUGAGACUUUCCAAGAGGGGCUCUUGGCCACCAGGCCCAGGGCAGUGCCCUUUUCUCUUCGACUCCUUCUCAUGCUCGUGGGGCCUCAGGGAGGCUGUGGGUUGCAGCCUCUCUCCUUGUGACACAUUCUGUGGGAUCCUGGUGUUCCUAGAAGGGUUGCUGGGAACAAGGGGCAGCACUGCCAUUCCUUGGGAACAUUUCUUAGGUGUUUUCCCUUAUUUUAUUUUUUGGGGGUGCUAGGCUCAUCACAAUAGGCCCAAACUGGAAUGCUAUAAAUGCUAAGAGCUGGUACAGUAGCUGUCAGGUGUUUUUCUGGAGUCUCUCUGUUGUUUUUUUCUCUCCUCUCUCUUCUGCCCUCUCCUGGGCAUGCCCUUGGGACCCUCCUGUUACUCAAAGGAGAGCCCGCCUUCGCCUGCCCCACCCUUGGCGCCCUGGGUCUGAUCCCUCUCCACCUCCCUAUCAGACACGCCAAGGUGAACUCAGGUUUGCCACUCUCUUGGGACUCUGGUUCCUACUAGGCUGACUGGAGUUGUUGUUGACCAGUGUUGUUAAUGGCUCUUUAAACUGUCUUCCAUCCCUCUCCCUCUAGGGAGAUGGUAAAGAGGCAGGUGGGGAGUAGCUCCCUGUUCCUGGGGGAUGAGGCUGGUCUUUCCCACACAUGCAAGGCCGGGAAGGGGGAGGCAGGACAGGUGGGCGCCAGCAACCUGGGAUUUCCCAGGGUGGAGCACUCCAGGGGGAUCGUGGAGGAUGUCACCUGGAGCUGGCGCUGGCGUGGACCAAGCUGGGGAGUCGGCCAGAAUAGAGGGAGGAGUCCUGGCUGCAGAGGAGGCACAGGCCCCCACAGCUGUGCCCCUCCCAGAACAGCACCGGGCUCCGGGACGGCAGAGGCUCCCACAGGCCUGGGCUUGUCUCUGAACUGUCUCUCUGCCAAGGAACCUCUGGCUGUGGCAUCUGAUAGCAGGAAGUAGCGGUUCCAGCUGCAGCGUCCCUUCACAUCCAACGUGGCAAUGUGCUGCCCCAGCGAGUGACUCCACCUCCCCGGAGUUUGGUCUCUCACUUGUCACAUCAGAAGUCUGGGCAAAGUGCUCUCCAUGGGCUCUUCCUCAUCAGACUGGCUUCAACUCAAACCUCCUCAGCCUCCUGAGACAUCUUCCCCCGCCACUCCCAGUUAGGACAACCUUCGAGAGGAGCCCGGGGAAACCAGCGUCCUACGGCCGCACAGCACUGCAAGGCCACCCUCUAGGCCCUGGGGAGGAGGAGGCACCAGGCAAAAGACUCUAAAGACAUCUUUUCCCAUGUUCCCCUGUCGGGUUUGUACCCUUGGCAAAGGGUUCAAGGACAGAUCAAGCCCCUUGGCCUGGCAAUUUUCUCAGGAGCUCCCCAGCUCACUUCCUGACACCCGGGCUCCGUGUGACAUCAGCAGAUGCUGCCUUGGCUCUGAGGCCCUGACAGAGAACGUCUCUCUUUCUUCAGGGCCUGCAGCUGACCUGGCUACCCUUUCUUCCCGGUGGCAGCCCCUGAGCUGGCAGCCAGGGCAGCUCUACCUCACCUCACCUAAUGUUUUGAGCAAACGAUCUGGCCCUCCCAGGCCCAGAAGCUCUUGGCAAUUUGGGGGAGGCCAGGAAGGUGAGGCAGCCCUACCGUUACUCCAGGAAGCCAUGAAUAUUGAUUGCCCAGCUUCCCCAGGUCACACUGGCUUCUGGUCCCCAGAACCAGGGGACCAGACCAUGCUGUAUGUGCUCAGCAUGUUGGCUGGGAGUGGCUGAGCCCACUCAGGAGGAGGAGAUGGGCCUGUCACCUCCACGGGAGCUGGUUGGGCCUCUUUGCCUGGCCUCUGCCUUCCAGAGAUCAUCAGAGAGGAGCAAAGAAGAGACUGCCAGACUGCUGGAGCCCACAGGGAUUUUGUGGGGUUUGUUUUUCCUCAGCACCGUCUGCAGAGGUGAGGGCAUGAAUAAAAGAAUGAAGGAAGAUUUACUGUUCCCAUAUCUUGGCAGCGAGCCCUGUAUUUGGACAGUGGAUCCGGGAAGGGGAGCUGGAACAGGUGGGCUGCUGGGGCCUAGAGGGAAAGUCGGACCCUGGAAGGUGUUUCUGCAGGGGCCCCGCUGGGUGGGUGGUGGGGGACAAAGGUGAGGCUGGGAGGAGUAAGUUGAGGCCAAGUCCCCAAUCACCAGGGCCCAGGGUGAACCCACUACCUGCAAGCCUGUCCCUAGGCAUGAGGUGGGCAGUGAGGGAAGCUUUGGGUAGCAGAACCGUUAGUAGAUGGCUGGGCUUCAAGAAUCCCCAAACCCAGAGGCAUUUGGUGGGCCUGACAGAGUGUGCUGCCAGUGGGGACCCCAGAAGGAAGGACUCCAGGCUGUCACCCCUGGUCCUGAUAAUGGACGCAAUCCAGAAAUGACUUUUAUUACGGCCUGGCCUGCCUGGGGCUGGGUGGGCCUGAGCUAGGGCUGGGACUUGGAGCCUUGCAACUGGAUGUGGCCUUGGACAGGGCCCAGUGUUACCUCCACGCAUGUGUCCAAGCCGUACAACCCAUGUUUUGCUGACAUUGCAUUUUUCAUGGGGCCACCAAAAGAUGGGCCUUUUUUAUUAUACAAAGUCAAUCUUGAUGGGUCAAAAUGGGUGGUGGGAGGUCACAGAACUGUGGAAAGCCUGAGGGGCUGGGGAGGCUCUGGCUUUUUGGUCAUUAAA